AGAGAAUUAACCCUGCAAUUGAACUGAUUUGCUGCUACUUCUAUUCUUCUUGACUUAGCCAACUAAUUUAGUUAUUAGUCAGGGUCCAUUUUCUGCAAAUUUUUCGGUGAAACCUGUAGAGUUCAAUUGUGUUUGCAAUCUUUCCCUCUGUGUCCAAUCAUAAUGGCUGAAAUCGCCCUCACCAUCUUCAGCCCUGUCAUUGAGGAGGCAGUUUCCAAAACAUUUUCAUUUCUUGAAAAACGAAUUGCACUUGCAGUGGGUUUGGAAAAGGAGCUUGAUAGGCUUGGCGAUUCUCUUAUUCUCAUUCAAUCUGUCAUCCAACACGCAGAGGAAAGGCAAGAAAGUGACCCAGCUAUAAGGCGUUGGCUACAGAAGCUGAAAGACGUAGCUUAUGAGGCAGUGGAUGCAUUGGGUGAGUUUGAGUACAAGGUUCUUAAGAACAAAGUUAAGAGUGGGAAGCACUGGAAUCCUGAGUCCGUCUACUUUUCUCCCUUGUUUCGUAAUCGUAUGGCUGACAAAAUCAACAACAUUACUAAGCAGUUGAAUGACUUGAAAGACUGGGCCAGCAUGAUCAACUUAGUGGUCUCAUUGAGAGGCCAAACUUCUCCGAGGCAACAUCAAAAGACAGAUUCUUUUCUUGAUCAUUCCACAGUAUUCGAAAGGGAAGCUGAUGUCUCAAGAAUUCUUAGCUUGUUGCGUGACUCGAGAAGGAGUCAACAUCCCAUCUCUGGCAUAUCUAUUGUGGGCAUGGCUGGGAUUGGAAAGACAACAAUAGCAAAAUCAGUAUACAGGAAAGCAAAGGAAGAAAAGCUCUAUGAUUUAGCGGCCUGGGUGUGUGUAUCCGAGGGCUUUAAUGAUCAAAUCAUUUUGCAAGAGAUGUCAGAGCAUUUUGGUUGUAGUGCUCCUCCAAGGAUUAGUGUUAAUGCAUUGCUUGAAGAUCUUGCAAAAAAAUUAGAGAAUAAAACUUUUCUUCUCAUUCUUGAUGAUGUAUGGAAUGAAGAUCCUGACAAGGGGGAACAUUUCAGCUCUUGUUUGUUAAAAAUUCUGAAUACUACUGGGAGCUCUAUUGUCAUAACAACUCGCAGUGGAAAGGUAGCAUCCGCAAUGGAGUUAGUUCCUAUGCAACGCCAUGACAUGGAAGGGUUACCAGAUGACGUAUGCUGGUCCAUAAUAGAAGAGAAAUUUCGUAGAUCAUCCACAGAAACUUCAAUGACUCCUGAUUUGAAAGCUAUUGGACAGGAUAUUGCAAAAAAAUGUGGAGGUUUGCCAUUAGUUGCUAGUGUCAUUGGAGGAACAUUGAGCCAUCAAACUAGUGCAGAUGAAUGGAAGAAAAUCAGGGAUGAUAAAGCAUGGAAUUUGAAAUCACCAGAUGGAGAUAAGAUUUUAUCUAUUCUGAAAAUAAGUUUCAAUCAUUUGACUUCUCCUUUGAAGAAAUGCUUUUCUUACUGUUCAAUUUUUGCAAAGGAUUUUGUCAUUGCAAAAGAUGAUUUAGUUCAACUCUGGAUGGCUCAGGGAUUUCUUUACCAACCUAAUGAAAGCUUUGUGACAAUGGAGGAUGUUGGUAAUGAUUACUUUAGUGAUUUGUUAUCUAACUCCUUAUUUCAAGAUGUGUACAGGGAUGAAUAUGGGAAUAUCAUAUCUUGCAAAAUGCAUGAUACAGUGCAUGAUUUAGCUCUGUCUGUUUCAAAAGGUGAUACUUUUAUCUGGGAGACUGGUUGCAUAAUUGACCAGGAUGCUAAAAUUCGACAUUUAAGAGUUAAGCAUGACAAGAACAAGCUUCCAAUCAUUCCCAGAGCUGUUGCUCAAAGAUUGCAUUCUUUGUUCUUGGUUGAGGUUGAUGUUUUCAUUUCCAGUGCAUCUGAUCUCAAAAGCUUGCGAGCUUUAAAGAUAGUGGGAGCUCAGGGAGAACAGUUGCCCAUUAUUCUUGGCAAUUUGAAGCAUUUGAAAUACCUUGACAUCUCUGAAAGCAGGAUAAAAUCACUACCAAAAUCCUUUUUCAAGCUCUACAAAUUGCAGACUUUUAGACUUAUGGGGUGCUCUUCUCUGCAAAUGUCUGAUGAGAUGAGAAAUUUGAUCAGCUUAAGACAUUUUUAUUUUGACAGUGAAAAGCUGAUGCCAAGAGAGAUUGGGCAUUUAACUUCCCUCCAAACCUUACCAUUAUUUGUUGUGAGUAGGGCAAACUUGGACAAGAAGACAAAAUUGUAUGAGUUGGAAGUUGAAUGGAAUGGAGACACUGAAGACCACAGCAAUUAUGAGGUUUUGGAAGGUCUAAGGCCUCCCUCAAAUUUGAAACACUUGAAUAUUUACGGUUAUAAUGGAGAAAAGUUUCCAUCAUGGCUGGAGACUGGUGUUAAUUUUUUUGGCAAUUCCUCUGCACUGAACAAUCUUUUGACUUUGAAGUUAUAUAACUGCAAUGAAUGUGUAGAGAUUCUGAGUUUGGGAUUUAUACCUAAGCUCGAGUAUCUUGAAAUAGAAGAAAUGUCAAAGGUGAAACGUAUGGGCAGCAAGUUUUGUCUUGAUGGCAGCAACAUGACAAGUAGUAGUUGUGGUGACAAAAAAUCAAUCAUAUUGUUCCCAGCUUUGAAAAGACUCGCUAUGUGUGGCAUGGAAAUCCUAGAGGAAUGGGCAGAAAUAGAAGGUACCACCAUCUUUCCUUGCCUUGAGUAUUUGGAUGUUGAAAAUUGUCCGAAGUUAGAGACUUGGUCAAUGAGUGGAUUUUCAUCUCAUCAUAAGCUCUCAAAAGCGGUUAUUGAUGAUUGUCCGAACCUGGUGACUCUUCCAAGUAUGGAACGGCUCUUAUCUCUUGAAAGUUUAAGCUUAAGAGAGUUUGGAUCUCUCCCAAGUGGGCUGGGCUCGUGCAGCUCUCUAGAGUAUUUGUGCCUUGAACAGUGCUUUAUGUCCUCUCUGACUCUGAGCAUGAAGCAGAUGAUCUCUCUUCGAACAUUAAAAAUUUCUGCCUGUGAAGGAUUGGUUUGUGUGUCAGGGCUGGAAUCCUGCAUCUCUCUCGAAGAGUUGACUAUUGUCAGGAGCAUUCCAGAGGGGUGGCUGGGUAGGAAUACCAGGUUGGAGGAGUUAGAAAUCGGUCCUUUCUGGUCAGAGUUGGAGGAAUAUCCAGGACUCACUUCCAUCCAUCAACUCCACGCCUCCCUUAAAUCUUUGACACUUUAUGGAUGGGAUAAACUAAAGUCUCUGCCACAUCAGCUUCGACAUCUCACUGCCCUCAAGCAAUUGACGUUAGGGGACUUCAAUGGCCUGGAAGCUUUGCCAGAGUGGUUGGGAGACCUCUCUUCUCUUCACGACCUGCUGAUUGUGAACUGCUCUAAUUUGACUCAUCUGCCUUCAAUUGAAGCCAUGCGACACCUCUCCAACUUACAAUCUCUUCGUAUUUGGGGUUGUCCUAAAUUAGAAGAAAGAUGGGCCAAAGAGAGCGACCCCAAAUGGGCCAAGAUUUCCCACGUCCCCUACGUGCACCUGCGGCGGCAUUUUUCUAACAUCUUAUGUAUGCAACAGCCUGUAAGAGACAAACCUGAAGAAAUCGACAUGCCAGCAUACAUAGAAACAGAGGAUGAAUUGCCAUUUAGUUUUGAAAGAUACACCAAUAUAAGUUCUAGGCAAGGUGGAGAAAUGCUGACAGAGAUACCAGAAGGAGACGAAUGGAUUGCUCCAAAUAUCUGUGCAACUGUUUGUAAACCUGUUCUCCCAGAAUCUCCAAACUGCCCAUUUCUGGUUGCUCUGUCCUUGGAAGGAAGCAAAGCUCUUAUGGCUAUCCCUUCGUCAUUCUUCGUGCACAUGCCUGUCCUUACACGCUUGAAUUUGUCUCGUACUAGUAUCAGAUCUUUGCCUGUGUCUCUUUUCAAUUUGGUUUCACUUACGGAACUCAGUUUGAGGCACUGCAAACUCUUCAUGGAAUUGUCACCUCAAGUUGGACAACUCUAUAAUCUUGUUUUGCUUGAUCUUGAUGAGACUCAGAUUGCGGAAUUGCCAAAGGAGAUUGGAAAACUUUCCAAUCUAAAAAUUUUGAGAUUAUCUCUUAACGGAUAUUUGAACGGUGGAAAGCAGUUGCAGCAGCAAAAUGUAUUAAUUCAUCCUGGGACCAUUAAAAGGCUCUUGCAGUUGAUGGAAUUAAAAAUUGAUGUGAAUCCGGAUAAUGAGGACUGGAAUGCAGUUGAGGAAGUUGUUGUAGAGGAAGCCUGUAGCCUGGAAAGAUUGGAGCUUCUCAUAUUAUACCUGCCAAAUGUUCAGAUUUUGGGAAAACGCAGAACAGGUAGCACAUCACUCAGCUAUUAUCCCUUGUGUAGAUUCAAGUAUACUGUUGGGCAGCAUAGACAGCGUAUCAUCUCUCGAGUACCAGAAAAGGUUGAAGCUCACUUUCAAGAGUGGGACAAAUGCUUGAAAUUUGUCAAGGGCAAUGAUAUCUCAAGUGAGAUGAAAAGGGUACUUGGAUGCACAAAAGCAUUCUACCUUGAACGUCAUGCCACUGCCAGAAGCUUGUCUGAUUUUGGGAUUAAAAAUAUGAAGAACCUAAAGUUCUGCUUAUUGGCAGAAUGUAAUGAAAUCCAAACCAUCAUAGAUGAAGGAAAGUCUUAUGAGGAAGAAAAAAUUGAUAUAGUUGAAGGUGAGGUGAUCGAUUGUGAGUCUGCAGUUGAGGCAUAUUCUACUCAAGAACCUGUAGUUCUGAAUCUACAGUACUUGCAUAUCUAUUACCUGAAGAAUUUAGCGAGCAUUUGGAGAAGCCCCACCUAUGAUAAGCAGUGUCUAUCUGGCUUGAAGGUCCUAGAACUCCAUGUGUGCCCCAAAUUGAGUGUCAUUUUCUCACCAGCUUUGCUCACAAAUCUUGGCAAGUUGGAGGUGCUUGUAGUUGAAGACUGCCUUGAAUUGACCAGUGUUGUAAGUCCAACAAGCAAUGCAUCCUUUGAGUUUGCACUAGAUUGUUUUCUGCCUAGCUUGAAGAUGAUGCUACUUCUUUUCCUUCCGAAAUUGGAAAGCAUUUCUAGUGACUUUCACAUUGCACCAAAACUGGAAAAGAUGGGAUUUUAUGAUUGCCCAGAGCUUAAGAGUCUUUCUAAAAGGGAAAUGUCAAGUGAAAAUUUGAAAGUGAUCAAAGGAGAAAGGGAGUGGUGGGAAGCAUUGGAAUGGGAAGAGUCAGAGUGGAAAAGUCAGCCCGAUUAUCUCCAUAGCAUUUUCUCCCCAAUUGAUGAAGACGAUGAUGUGAUGACACAAAUGCAAGAGAUGUAUGACUAUGGGUCCAUUACGAAUCAGGGGACAGUAGAGCAAGUGGUAGGGUCCACCAGCUUCCCCCUGGAUAAUGGUGCCGGGUUGGUUAGAACCUCAACCCAGUGUUUUCCCCUCCCUGCCCUGUAAACCAAUAAACAAAGAUACACAACCAGGACGUCCGUGGUUUUGGUUCCUCAGAUAUUAGAUGAAGUCAUAGAGGCAGUCCUGAAUUUAUAAUUAUAUGUUGUGACCUAGACCAACUACUGAAUAUUGAGGACAUAUUUUUAACUAAAUUCUAAUGUCGCGA